AUGUCAACGCCCAAGAUCCCCAUCACAGUAAUAACUGGCUUCGUCGGCUCAGGAAAGACAACAAUGAUCUUGAACCUACUCCCUCAACUCCGCGCAGAGAACCCGUCCUACAAACUCGCUUUGAUCAAGAAUGAAAUCGGCGACUUGAAUGUCGACUCUCAACUCGCAUCCGCUGCCGAGAUGACCGGAGUGUCGGAACUGCUGGGAGCAUGCAUUUGCUGCACGAAUGUUGGACAGAUUGGCGAUGCAUUGAAAGAAUUGGACGAGACAUAUGCGCCAAACAGAGUCAUCAUCGAGACUUCAGGAAGUGCAGAACCGAUCAAGUUAAUGGUGGAAUUGAAGAGAUUGGCAGCCGAAACUGGAAGAUAUGCGUUGGAUGGUGUGGUCAGUGUGAUUGACGUUGAGAACUGGGAUGGCUACGCUUCCACUUCAUACACGGCGAAACUGCAGGCUCAGCAGACCGACUUGAUUGUUUUGAAUAAAUGGGAAAACCUUUCGGAGAUGGCAUUCGAGAGGACGCUGGAUAAGCUCGGGGACAUGGAUGUGAAUACACCGCACAUCAAGAGCGACAAGGGUUGGAUCAGCAAAGACUUGCUGUUUGGUAUCGAUGAGAGAAUGGCGAGGGAUUGGGUUGCUCUGAAUCAACAACAUGGACACGACCACAAGCAUGAACAUGGAGAUGGACACAAACACGACCACAACGAGGAAAUGGAGGCUUUGAGCAUCACUGUCACCUCCGCCUCGCCUUCAACCGCAUCGCUCGACACAACCAAGCUUGCCAACCUCCUCAAAUCAGCGCCCAAAGACGAAGUCUACCGCAUCAAGGCCGUCCUGCGCACCACACAAAUACCCACAAACAGCGAUGGCACACCUGCAGAUGAAGGUGCUGAGUCUACGACACCCAAGAGAUACAUUCUCAACUGGAGCUUUGGCCGCUGGAUGUGGACGUUAGAUGAGACCGAGACGAAAGAGGAGCCUGUCUUGAGAAUGAGCAUCUUCACUGGCCGCUAUGAGAGUAACAAGUGGCUCAAGAGGAUUGAGUCCAAGACCCACACUGCUUUGACUGAUGGAUCCGAUUAUGAGCUCGAGGUCAAGCGUGUGUUGUAG